GUCGUAGCAAAGAGAAGAGUUGCAUAGUACUAGAGUAAAUAUUAACACUAUCAAAUAUUUUAGACAAAUAAGUAUGCAAUCCGUAAGAACGCGACCAGAUGCGCCGACCGUCUAAUAAAUAAAUACAACCAAAUCAUUGGAAAGGCGAAAAAUAAAGUCAGUACUCAUUAGGCUCACUAAAACAAUGACAAAUCCCAAGCGAACAUUUGAUUUUAUAUACUUAGCUGUAGUAUUUAGUAUAGGCUUUCAAGCCAGUUACGCACAAACAACAUGUAAGAAUGGUUUGGGACGCGUCCUAUACGAACGACUGCCCAACCAACAACUACAGGGUUACGACGAUGAUGUAGUGCGCGACACAGCGCCGCCCUUUCGAGUCUUAGAAAAGUGCCAAGACUUGUGUCUGCGCGAUCGCACCGGCACCAACAACUUGGUGCGCACCUGCACCAGCUUCGACUUUCAACCAGGCAGUCGCAUCACCUCUUUCGGCGGCACCUCCGAAUACGAAGAAUCCCUUUGCUACCUAACAUCCGAACAAGCAGGCCCUGAGGGCAUCGGCAGUCUGAUGCUGGUACCAAAUAGUGUACAUUUCAAUGAGAUUUGCUUGACCUCCAAUCGCCCGGAAAGAGAAUGUCCCAGUCGGCGGUAUGUGUUUGAGCGGCAUCCGCGCAAGAAAUUAAAAUUACCAAUCUCGGAUGUCAAGGAGUUUACGGCAGCGAAUCGUUCGGAUUGCGAGGAUAAGUGUUUGAAUGAAUUCGCAUUCGUUUGUCGCUCCGCCAAUUUCGACUCUACAAUGCGUUCCUGCACGUUAAGCAGGUUCACACGCCGCACACAUCCAGAAUUACUAGAAGAUGACCCCAACUCUGACUACUUGGAAAACACCUGCUUGAAUGCUGAGCGACGUUGUGACGGUCUGGCCGUGUUCGUUAAGGAGGAGAAUAAACGACUAGGCGGUCCCUUCGAAGUGGAUAUUUUCAAUAACAUGACUUUGGAGGAAUGUCAGACUAUGUGUCUACGCGCCGAGAAAUACUUCUGUCGUUCUGUCGAGUUUGAUGAUCAGACGAAGCAGUGCAUUUUGUCUGAGGAGGAUUCUAUUUCACAGAAAGAUGACAUAAGUAUCAGUUCCAGCCCAACGCACCAUUUUUACGAUCUGGUCUGCUUAGACAACCAACGUGCCACUGAUUAUCCCGAUAAUUCCGUUACGUCGCAUUUGUUCUCUUCGGGUCGCCGACCAGACACGGCUUUUCAGCGUUACCGAAAUUCACGUCUGGGUGGCGAAUUUCAUUCCGAGAUUACUGGCCGCUCCUUAAGUGAAUGCCUCGACGAGUGUUUGCGUCAAACUAGCUUCCAGUGUCGAUCGGCGGUUUACAGUGAUCGCUUUCGCACUUGCCGCUUGAGUCGUUACAAUCAAAAGGACGGCAUGCGUAUUAUUUACGACGCAGACUACGAUUAUUACGAGAAUCUAAUGCUGAACGUGGUUGGCGGUGGCGAUACGGAUGGACACGGUGGCGUUAGCAAUGGUGGCAGUCACAGGCAAAGUGAGCAUGGAAGCUCUAAUUGGCGCCCCCCCAAUAAAGAUGACGACCGUUAUGGCACGGGAGCUGGUGGCAGUAGUGGUGGUAGAUACCCCGCCGGUGGUGGCGGUACGGCUGGUUCAGGGACACCUAUUGGUGGUAGUGCUGAUGAUUACGGACGCCCUUACGAUCGCUAUCCAACACCUAAUGAAUAUGAUCGUUAUCCAGGUAGCGGGAGCGGCGGUGGUGACCGGUACGCUAACGAUGGUCGUUAUCCAUCAUCUGUUGACAGUCGCGAUCCAUAUGAAGAACGCUUUCCACCGGGACGCUUUCCUGUUGGCGAUCAAGAGCGAUAUCCAAGUGAUCGUGAUCGUUAUCCAGGUGUGGGAUUAGAUUUAUAUCCAGGUGAUCGAGAACGUUACCCAGGAGAGCGUGAUCGUUAUCCCAAUGAUCGUCUUCCAUUCGACCGUGACCGUGAUCGUGAUCGUUUUCUUAUUAGGGAGCAUGAUCAUGAUAGAUAUCCUGGUGGUGAUCGUGAUCGUUAUCCUGGAGAUCGAAAUCGAUAUCCACUUGGGGAUCGAGGUGGUUUCCCGAUCAAUGAUCGUGAACGUGAACGUUAUCCAGGUUUUAACGAUCGUUAUCCACCAGGUCGAUAUGGCGAGCGUAACCGUGAACGAGAUCGCGAUAGUGAUCGUUACCCAAUUGAAGACUAUCCACGCCGGGGUCCGUAUUCUCCCCGCCCUCUAGACCGUUAUCCCAUACCUUCACUCAACGAUAACGGAUUACCCAGUGAUCUGCCUCACACUAGACCUUAUCCUCCAGAUGAUGAUCUACCCUAUCGUCCUUAUGGUACAGCAAGCCGUUACCCACAAGAUCGUUAUGCUAGUAGGUAUCCCUCACGCUAUUCACCGGAAAGAGAUCCUGCAUAUGGCUACACUGGACGCGAUGCCCCUGACAACUUCUUCCUUGAUAAACGUUUUCGUCCCUCCUCCAUUGACUCGCGCUACCCUUUGUUGACCGAUGGACGGGGUGGCCAACCUCCGCAACGAUUUGGAUCAGACGGCCGUUAUCCUCCAGAUGAUUUAAUACACACUGCUCGAAGACCAGAACCAGAUUCAGCAAAGCGUUAUCCCCCAGCACCUUUAGUGCCCCCCACAACCAUAAGUAAAUAUCCCUCUACACCAAACCGAUUUCCGGUAGGUACUGACCGCUACCCCAUCGAUAUAUAUAAAUAUGGCAAUCGAUAUGGUAGCAGUGGUAGCAGCAGCGGCGUAAGACCAGGUUAUGAUCGUCCACCUCCGCCACCACAUUAUUUUGAUGUAGACUACGAGGAACGCUAUGGCGACCGUUAUGGCGGCUAUGAUCGUGAAUAUGAGGGACCUAUCGGCAGAAGACCUUUAGGUGGUGGUGGCGGCUAUCCUCACUAUGAAAGUCCCUUCAAUCGUCCAUAUGGACAUGGGCUUGGUGCUCCGCCCCCACUAGACGACAAUCGACCUUUGGCACCACCAUUACAUCCCUAUGGGGCAGCGGGAAGCAUUGGACCAGUAGCGUCCGGCGGUGGUUCAUCGCGGCCCCCAGUGACCCGUUGUGAAGAGACUGACAAUUUCAAACAAAUCGCAGCAAGACACAAAAUGCGCCGACACUAUGUGCGGCGGUCACUAGUCGUGCCCUCUCUAAUACAGUGCGAACGAGAGUGCAUUGAAUCUCGAGACUUUAUUUGUCGUAGCUUCAAUUACAGGGAUGCAGCCGCUACAAACUACGAUGAACGCGAUUUGCCCAAUUGUGAGCUAAGUGAUCGGGAUUCACGUGAACUGGACGUCCAUGAUCCAAGCAAUUUCGAUGCAGCCAAUUACGAUUACUACGAGCGUAGUUUGGGUCGUAGUGAUGGCGAGUGUAUGGAUGUGACGCAGACUUGCAACGAGGAGGGAAUGGAAUUCACUAUACGCACUCCGGAAGGAUUUCUUGGACGUAUCUAUACAUACGGGUACUAUGAUCGAUGCUUCUUCCGCGGCAACGGUGGCACUGUAAAUGUGCUACGUAUCAGCGGUCCACAAGGCUACCCCGAUUGCGGCACCCAAAGAUAUGGCGACACUCUGACCAACAUUGUUGUUGUGCAAUUUUCUGAUAAUGUGCAAACCAGUCGUGACAAACGAUACAAUUUAACUUGUGUCUUCCGUGGACCAGGGGAAGCAGUUGUCACUUCCGGUUAUAUUGGUGCAGGAUCUGGCAGUCCCAUACCCAUUGAAUACCUUCCUGCGGAGAAUACUCUAAGUUCGAAAGUCCGUCUAAUGAUUCUCUAUCAAGGACGCCCAACCACCACGAUAGCAGUGGGAGAUCCACUGACUUUCCGACUGGAGGCACAGGAUGGUUACAAUCACGUAACUGAUAUAUUUGCCACUAAUGUGGUGGCACGUGAUCCAUACUCGGGUAGAAGCAUACAACUUAUUGAUAGAUUUGGUUGCCCUGUGGAUCCUUAUGUGUUUCCCGAACUGGAUAAACUGCGUGAUGGAGACACAUUGGAGGCGCGUUUCAAUGCCUUCAAAAUACCCGAGUCAAAUUUCCUUGUAUUUGAAGCUACAGUUCGCACUUGCCGUGAUGGUUGCCAACCUGCUUAUUGUCCAGGUGCAGCUGGUCGGCAGGAACCUUCAUUCGGACGUCGCAGACGUUCACUCAAUAUUACAGAUGUUGCAGAAAUCGAAACAAAUACCGAACCUGGAUCUGAACGUUUAAUUGACGAACUCUCUGAAGUGAAUAGUACCAAAGUAUUGGGUACGAUGGGAGACUUUAACAAGACGAUUACAAAAGAUGACAAGUCUAAUCAGGAGUUAGAGGAACCAGAACAAGUGCGUGAAAUGAUUGAGGUAUUUGAGACUCGUGAGGAAAUCGAAAAAGACUCUUACCCGCGGAAGCUGGUUGCUCCGAUUGAGACAGUGUGUAUGACACCCUCCGAGUAUCAUGGCCUUAUAACAGCAAUUAUAUUACUUAUGAUUUUGUUAUUCAGCAUCACUUUGGUCUCCGGCUUAGCUUAUCGACGCUACUGGAGCACGAUGACGAAGAAUCGAAUUGCCGAUCGACACUCUCCCAUACAUUCGCUAGGGCAGUCCUCGAUACGCACGCACGAGCGCUUCAGUGAGAUCGGUCAAAUGGCUAGUGGCAGCGGAAAUGCAAUGCCAAAUCGUACCGCUAAUGCAUUUCGUGCGAAUAUGUCAAUCUUUGGUGGCAGUCUGCAUAAAACCUUUGCCACAGGGAAUUUAGCUCGAAUGUGUCAACUGCCCGUAAUAAAUCCGAUGCGUAAUAACGGAAGCACAAAUCAUCAAUUUGAGGACCCUAGUGAGCCAAUAUAUACCGAUCCAUCAUUGUUCGAACGCUCUAGAUCCUUGCGCAGCCUGACCACAGAGGGAGAAGCUGAGAAUCGUCACGCUGUGUAGGACCGCCUUAUAGCACAUACAAAAUACAUAAACAUAAUGCACAAAGAAGAAAUUAAAAGUCAUUGUAGAUGCAGCAGAUUAAGUAAAUUACAGUAUAAUAUUGCAAACAUAAGAAAAUUCCACUUCCGUACCGCUAUGCUACAUAAACUAUUACAUAUGUUUACAAAAACAUGUAUAUGUUUGCGUAACAAAAAGUUACAUUACGUAAAAUGCAUCUAUAGAAGGUAUAGACUUUGUUGUAAGAGUAUUUUUGAAAGCUUAAUUUUAAGAAAGCUAUGUAAAAUAAAAUUAUGCGUUUUGUGUAGGUAACAUCUGCAAUGAAAAAUAAUAAA